UUGAAGGUCAACGCGCCAUAUUGUCUGUGAGGUGGAGAAGCAGCAGCUGGGGGGGAGAGUGGAGCCGAGGAAAUUAAGAUCCAAUCAUCUAAACUUCAGGGUUAAUGAUGUGGGAUCAAGGUGGUCAGCGCUGGACACACUGGCCUUUGAGCCAGCAGCAGUGGUUGCAGACCUUCCAGCACCAGCAAGACCCAAGUCAAGUGGAUUGGGCAGCUCUGGCACAGGCAUGGAUAGCUCAAAAGGAAUCCAGUGGACCAAAUGUGGUGGAUCAGCAAGGAAUGCAGCCCAAUGGCCAGGAAAACCAGGGAUUAGACACAGGUCCAAAUAAUCAUGGAAACUUCCAGGGGGAUCCAAGUUUCAGCAGAAUGUGGCAGCCAGAAUGGGUGAUGCCCCAUCAGACUCCUCACCCGCCCCCAGGGCAACAGUGGAUGCCUCCAGCCCCAGGGCCAGUGGACGUUGUUCCUACUUCUGAAGACAGCAACAGCCAGGACAGUGUUGAUUUCCUUCCAGACUCCAGACACGGUGUCUUCAACCAAAACAACCACAACUUUGGAGGGCAACCAGAAAAUUUUACUAUGGCGCCAAUGGCAGUCAACCAGUUUGACUACCAGCAUGGUGCUGCUGCAUUUGGCCCCCCAUCUGGUGGGUUACAACCUCCUUACUGGCAGCAGAGCCCUCCACAGAGCCGUAGAGAGGGGCCCCCCACGUUUAGGGAGCGGCCACGCUCUCCCGUCCAGAUGCCAGUUAAACAGGAGCCCCCUGCACUUCUUGACGCUGUAAAGCGCAGGACAUUGCCUGCAUGGAUCCGUGAGGGACUGGAAAAGAUGGAACGAGAAAAACAGAAGAAACUAGAAAAAGAAAGAAUGGAUAAACAACGUGCUGCAAUGGCAAAAGAGGAGCUGGAAGAGGAGUGUGAUGGACCUUGUUUACCACGGAAAAGUAAAUUUGACAGUGACGAUGAAGUGGAGGAGGAAGAUGACAGACCUGCAGCAAAAAUAGUGGAACUGGAAAGUAGAAGUCCAUCCCCAAUACAUGAGGAGCAGAGUGAACCAGAAAUGACCGAGGAAGAAAAGGAAUUUCAACUGAUGAUUAUGACCAAAACUGUGCUGACAGAAGUGCUUUUUGAGGUCACCAAUGAAGAAAUCUAUUGCGUUGCAAAAGAGGUUCACCGCAAGGCAACAAAAGCUCCUGCAAAGCAGCUGGCACAGUCCAGUGCACUGGCUUCUCUCACUGGACUCGGUGGACUGGGUCAGUACGGGUCAGAUGAAAGCGAAGAUGAGAGAAGUGAGACAGACUCUGAAACUUCAGACACAGAUGAUGAGGAGCUGCGGCACAGAAUCAGGGAAAAGCAGGAUGCCUUCUGGAGGAAAGAGAAAGAGCGACAGUUUCAGGAGAGGCAACAAGUGGAAGAAGAAAAACAGUCUGAAAGAGUGAACAAAGAGAUGCAUGAAUAUGACAAAAAACAGAUUUUCAGCUCGGUUAAACAGGAAAUAGUAAAAGAGAGGGAGCCCGAAUCUAUAACUGAGAAAAGAAGGUCUCGCAGUGAGACUGAUGUCAUUGAGCCCAAAAAGAAUGUGAAAGAGGAGGAGAGGAUAGGCAGGAGUAGGAGCCAGAACUUGUCAGGUAGCAAUAGUCGGAGUAGCAGCAGUGAGAGCAGUAGUAGUAGCAGCAGCAGCAGCAGCAGCAGGUGGAGCUCCUCCUCCAGUUCAGUUAGCAGCCACAGCUCCUCACAUUCCUUCAUGCCAAAGAGAAAGAAAAAACGCAGCCGGAGCUGGUCCCCCUCACACAGGGCCAGGCAGCGCAGCAGAAGCAGGAGUUCCCACAGGCACAAGAGAGAGCGGAGCAGGGAGAAGGGGAGGGAUAGGAGGAGGACCAGUCGGAACAGGAGCGCAGAUAGGAGCAGUAGGAGGUGGAAUCGCAGCCACUCUAGGGAGCGCAGAGCUAGCAGGGAGAGGAGAAAGAGCAGGAGCAAGUCAAAGGUCAGGGUCAGCCAUAGCAGAAGCAGAGACCAGCACAGGAGUGAUGACAGGAGUCGUCGUCGGAGCAGGAGCAAGCGCAAUCAGACAGGCAGCAAGGACAGGAGGAAGGACAGGAGCCAGAGCAAUGAUAAGGACAAAAAGAAAAAGGAUAAAGAACAGGACAAGAAGAAAGAGAAGCAAAAAACUAAGGAAAAACGAGAGGAAAAAGAUCACAAGUCCACAGGCCAGGAAGGGAGUAGUACCAGUAGUAGAUCAAAGCGGAACAGCGAGUUGUCCAGCCGGCUGUCACGACAGGAUAGCAAGUCCAGCAAGAAAGGCUUGGUUAAGAAAAGCAAGAAAUAUUCAGAUUCUAGCAGUGGAAGCAGGUCUUGUUCUCCAGAGGUUAGCAAGGAAAAUAAGUCUAAGAAGACUAAACGUAGUCGUUCACGAUCAACGGAAAAAUCUCACAAGUCUGGUAAGAAGGCAAGCCGCAAACACAAGUCUAAGUCACGAUCAAGGUCAGUCACAUCAGUACAUCGCAGGCGUUGAGGAAUGAUAUGGCACCUGAACCUUAUUUUAAAAUUCUAUGAGUUUUAAAGGCUUGUCUCAUUAUAGAGGCAACUGCGUAGGUGGAAACAACUGUGUUUUUUUUUUUAGUGCUGUCUGCAAUACAUGAAUUUUUGAAUGGUUGGUUUUUCCUUGUAUUCAUAUUUUGAGGUUAGUAGAUUAAAAGUUUAAAGCCAAGCUAUUUUGAAGCUGUAACAUUUUAAAAAAAUAAAUCGUAAUGUACAUUGCUGUCAAUAAUAAAAAUUCAAAUGAGAUUGAGUUUUAUUUUUCAUUUGGAUUUGUAGCAUCGACGAUUUUUUGUCUUGUAUGUAUCCUUAACAUGACUGUUUAGUUGUUAAUCAGACAUGAGCAGCUUUAGCAGAAAUGUGUGUGUGUCAUGAUGCAUAAUUAAAUGUUUGGCAACAGGGUAAAUACAUGUUACUUUUUAAUUGUACACGUCUAUAUAAGUAGUGUGGAUGUAGUUUGAUUAGUUUGUAUAUUUAAAGAUGGCUUGGGGUAUGUAUGUUACUGAUUCAGAUGUCAUUUUCGUUGGAUUCUCAAUAAGCUUUCUCCAUCAAGUCGAUUUUGGAAAGAGGUUUCUGCAGGCCCACUAUCCUUAACGGUUGAUAACCCAAUUCAGACCUGUUUGAUCUCAGUCUUUCACCAAUGGCAAAAAAUAGGACUAAUUAAAAAAAAAAAAAAAAAAAAAAAAAAAGCCAGAUAGAAAAUUGCAUUAAAUCAUCCACAAAACUGAAUAUGACCUUGGUGGUCAGUAUUUUAGGAUCUGCUUUUUAUAUGCUCUGCAUUAUGAAUGUAAUAAUUAUUAUUAUUUUUUUUUAAUAAAUGCUACGAGAGAGAAAUAAAAGGUGUUUCUUGGG